AUGAGCCCCACCAUCUCACCCUCGCCACCAUACUUUGCAUUCACUCCAUUCGGGCCCAUGCUCGUCCCUAUUGCCAUUGCCGUCGUCGUGCUCAUGUUCGUCAUGCGGCGGAGAGAUACACCCUCGGAGACAGGGUCGACAGAGUCAACAGUGUCAACAGUGUCAACAGAAACGGACGAGUUGAGACCCUGUCUCAUACUCGGACUGCCGAGUGAGAUCCUCGAGCGCGUGCUCGCCAACCUUGACCCGGAUGAGCUCGUUGCUGCGUCACAGACAUGUUCAGCCCUUCGAAGAGUAGCCAAGGCGCCAAGCUUAAAGUAUCAGUCCACACUCGUCGCCCGUGGCUACCUCGACGUACCUAAUCGCAUACCACCGCAGCCGUGGUCACGAGAAGGUGCCAAGCUCGAGACGUCCCCCUACACAGGCACGACGCGCGCGAUGAUCCCUUCUGUCAGCUUACCCGCCUUUGAGAAAGAACCCCCCGGACGACGGGACACUAGUGCCCUAUCUGCUGCGGAGAAGGCGCAGCUCCUUGCUGAGCGCGAGGCACGCUUUGACGAGCUCAGGCCUACCGAGGUGCGGCAGUUCUCUGUCGCUGGUCCCGCGGGCGUUUACGAGCUGCAGGACGGUAUCUUCCUGCUUUGCAAGGAGCGGUCAACCGCACAUGACAUCAGACCAACAAAAAUCCGGCUUAUCCCGCUCGCGUCGGCGGUUGACCCCGACCUCGACGCGCCGAUCGUGCCGUGUAAGGAGGUCGAUGUGGGCUUCCCGAUCGCCGACCUUACGAUGGACCCAAGCCAGGAUCUCAUUGUCGUGAGCGAGCACUCGCCACUGGGAGAGAAUGGACGCGCUCCGAUCCACCGCUUCCACCUUCUCUCCUUAAGUACUGGUGAACCGCACCCCCUCGCCGCAUGUCCCACCCUCGACUCACCACCGUGGGUCCCCGCAGAUGUGCGACACGUCAGCCAGCAGCUCCUCCAGGUCAUGGAUAGCACGCUCGUCGUGCUCAUCGCGGUGCAAGACGAGGUGAUGGCAAUGCGCGCUGCGUACCAUGAGGAGAUGUUCGCGUGGGACUGGAAGACGGGCGUCGUGCUCGGUCGCCGAAACCUUGGCGACACCCUCACGCGCUCCAGUAUGGCGCUCUUGACGCCCACCACCGUCGCCGUGACAAUGCCAGCGGUCAUCGGACCGACGCUGCGGGAGAUGUUCGGCGGCGUCCCGGGAUUCAUGGACAACCAGAACCCCGUGUUCAUCCACCCACCCAGUAUCGACAUCUUCUCGUUUGCGCAGAACUCCAACAUACCGCCACCUGAAGACACCCGGCCGUUGCAGAGGGCCGACUCUGACAGGACGACGCCACGCUUUGCACUCGUCGUACGCCUACUCAUGCCGGCCCUGCGUGCUGGUUCGAUGAUGGCACAAAUGCACAUGCGCCCAGACCCCGCGUUCCCACCAGUACCAAGCAGUCAGACCACGCUCGGGUCUCGGCCGUUCACGCAAGAUCCGCGCCGGGGCGUCAUCGUAAUCGAGAUGACGAUGGACGAUGACCGGCUCGUCAUGCCGAUGCGUAUGAGGCCCGAGUUUUACGAAAUGUUCAUUCUCCGCGAAACGCUAGUGGCAAUGGCCGAUGAAGGCGAAGCACGUCUGCAUGAGAUCUGGGAUCGGAAGGCGGCGGCGCGGGCGGCACGGGGAGCGUCGUCCCAUUCACCGCCAAGCACGCCAGGCAGUAGGCGCAGGUUCCGGUCCACGACGCCAUCAACGCCCAGCGGUCCAAUUUCACGUUCCGGCUCGCCCGCGUCACCUGCUACACCGACCUCCCACUCUAGUACCAGCAGUCACGCAGGCAGCCCCGCGCUGCCCGCGGACGGUAAGGAGCGCACGUACUCUGCCAAGCCACGGCGGAAGCACCACGUCGACUCGCCGACGCGCACGUUCGAAUGGGACGAGUGGGGAGAGCAUUCGACGCGCGUCUUGGACCCCAAAAUGCUCACGCGGCGACUCUGGGUUUGCUCAUGCUCUGGAUACCGUUACGUUAGCCUGAUACGGAGGCCGGUGCCCAACCAGAGGGUUGCGACCGAUCUAUGCGUGCAAGAUUUCAACCCGCAUUGGUGGGUGGACGAGCACUUCAAGCCGUCGCCGCAGGCUGGACUCGUCGGCGCCGCCUUGGAGACGGUACCCGGCAAGGAUGCUAGGCUGGGCAAUGCGGUCCCCGAAGCGAGGGUACGGUCGUUCGGUCGCAAUAUGCCUACUAUCGUCAAGAGCGACGCCUGGGACGUCGAAGUUGUCACCCACCUACCGUACCGCUCCGUACGGAGGCAACUGAGCGGCAACCCCAAUGGGGUCAUGAUUGACGACCAGCGUAUUAUGCUCGUCAGCCACCAGGUGCAGGACCACGACUGGCUUGGCAUGAUACAACAUGUCCAGACGUGGUGCAUGUGA